AUGUUAUCAGGUUCAUCUUCAUCGUUGUCACGACUACCUUGGGCAGGCCUCUUCCUUGUAUACUUGCUCAAUAUCGCUGCAAUUGCCAGUCCAGUGAACUCUCCCGUUUCAUCUCACAAUUCGAUUUCUAUCAUUAAGGAAGAAGUCAAAUUAUGGGUCAUUCGGGAUAAAGCAUCAAGGAAAACAAUGAAGGCAUACAUAUACAUUGGUGAACAGGGCUUUGGCCUUGGUGAUGUGCCUCCACUAUCAGAUUCAGUUCCACCGAAGAAGAAGUUUAACAUCGGCAAACCGCCUCAGGAUCCAACAGAGCUCCUCGGUCCCGCUUUCUUUGCCAACACACAAGACAGAGACAGGACUUUGGACGAGUUGCGCACUCUCAAUCAAAAUUAUGGCAAAAUUGAAGAACGCUAUUAUUCCUACCUCACCGAAAUCUUGAGGCGUCUCGCGUGGCAUCAGACUGGUUUGCUGGAUCCCAUGUUUGCAUUCGACGAUGAAUUGUUGCAGAAGUGGAAUGAUAGGGUGGACAAAAUCGUGAAAAAGAUAAAUGAGAAAAAGGAGAAAAAGCGAAAAGAUGCGCAGGCGCAGGGAAAGUCGAAUUGA